UUCUGCUGCGCGCGAGUCGGGCACACCGAUCCGUCCCGCCCAUGUCGAAUCUGUGACGACGCCGAGCACAAUAUGGUCGAGCGGAGAAUGCGCUGUGGAAGUCGGACGUGCAAGCUGUACGAACGCUGUAAGUUUGUCUGGAAGUUGUGGUUGUGUGAGGACUCGAAACGGUACCAAGUGUACCACAAUAGCAUUGACCACGUGCGGCCCGCGGCGGUGGAUUACGAAAGCCCACACAAAGCUGUGAUAACCGCGCAAAUGAAGAAGUUCAUAUUGCAACAAGAUGAGUGUGCCGUCCCACCACAGCUAAUCCUGAGCAGCAUGCGUCGUUCGACAGAUAUUGUUCAACCUACGCGCGGAUACCCUUCCCUGUCACAAGUCUCCAAUUGUGCCAAAUAUUUGCGCCGUCUUCAAGGAACCAAACAUUCUAAAUUCGCUGUUCGCCACCUCAUU